ACAACAGCAGAUUUUUAGCAUCGUCACAGGAUAACCACCUCCCUCCUUUUAAAUUAGGAUUUAAACAUAACUGCGUGUAGUUUUGUGUUUUUGUCCUAAAUCGGCUGGGGAUCAUCCUGAUGUGCCUCACAGCAUCAUCAUCAUCAUCAUCAUCAUCACCAUUGGGACAAUCAAGGAGAGUUUAGUGAGCAAACAAGAUGGCGGCCGGGCAGCAUCACCGCUCGCCGCUGUCUCUGCUGCUUCUUCUUUGCUUCCUUCCGCCCGGCCACUCGCGAACCUCCGCCAUAUCGGACUUAAAGUCGAAAAUAUCCGGAGUGGAGGAGCUCCUGGAGGAGUUCCGCAAGCAGCUCCAGCAGGACCAAACGUACAGGCCGAGCGAGGUGGCCGACUCAUGCGUGAGCGACUUCGCCUCGGCCCGGGAGAGCAUCAUCCGAGCCAAGGCCUCCAUCGAGCAGGGCGCCACCUUCCUGAUGGCGCCGGACCGAGUGUACACCUGGCGGGACUGUGUUCACGCCUGCUGCUCCCAGCCUCACUGCACCGUGGCGGUGGUCCAGGAGGAGCCGAGGCAGCCCGGGGAGAGCCUCAACUGCUACCUGUUCAAUUGUACCUACAGGAGCCAAAAUGUCUGCUCCUUUGCACCGCAGCCGGGCUUCACCUCCCACAGCCGCCCGGCGAACGCCACGCUGGGGCAACUCGUGCCGGAUGCCCCCGGGGGCUUGGAGCGGAAGACUGGGGAGCUGGAUGAUACACAAGAGGUAGACGAGCCCCCCCGCUGCGACGCCGGACAGGAUGUGAUGAUCCAGCUGCCCACCGACUGGGCUGUUCUGGACGGCCGCGAUAGCGUAGACGACCACGAGAUCAGUCGCUACGACUGGACUCUGGUCAAGGGGGACACAGGCGUCACUAUGAAGGCUACUCACCCCGGGUUGUUAAAGAUCACCGGUCUCCAGGAAGGCGUCUACACUUUCCAGAUGACUGUUACUGACACGUCGGGCCAAAAGAGCUCAGACAACGUGUCCGUCACCGUGUUGGCACCCAAGCACCAAGCAGAAGUUUGUACGGGACGCUGCUCCAACUACCAGUUCAAAUGUGACGACGGCUGCUGCAUCGACAUCACCUUCGCCUGUGACGGGAAGCAACAUUGUCCUGAUCGCUCCGAUGAAGAUUUCUGUCCAAACUUCGACACCAGCAGGAAGUCUGUGACCCACACCGAGGGUCUGCCCGUAUCCCAGCUUGCAGCCACACGCACUGAGGACAGCUUUAUGGUCCAGACUGGACCCAGCAAGACCACGGAGAACAACAGACCUUCUCAGGAGAGGAGCAAAGCCACACCGCAACCCCGUCAACAACCGGAUACAGCCAGUCAAGACCCGUGUGCCUCUGCUCCAGUAGUAGGACCGUGCAAGGGCACCUUUGCACGCUGGUACUAUGAUCAGGAAGCAGGAGAAUGCAAACACUUCCUGUACGGCGGUUGCCAGGGCAACCACAACAACUUCCUCCAGGAGUCGGACUGCGUCAGUGAAUGUAUACAGAAAAGUCCAGCCUUCAAACCAGCAAGUGUGUCUCCUCCUGUCACUAAACAGACUGACAUAACUUCACAGAGCCAAGAUAGCGACAUCCCGCUGUCCAAACCUGUCAAGGGAGGACAUCCGGGCCCAGAGUCAGGCGCCAUCCUCCCACUGGCACUGGGCCUGAUCAUCACCGCCCUGCUGCUGCUCAUGAUCGGCUGCCGGCUGCGGCUGGUUCGCCACAGGCUGAAGAAAACGCGACCCCUCACCACGGAGGAGUCCGAUUACCUCAUCAAUGGUAUGUACCUGUAGCCGCAGCAGACCUGGCAUGUAGGUUGGGGAAAGGACGAUGCCGCUAUGGAGCCUGAGCCUGGACCUUUUUCAGUUUGCACAGUCCCCCCCCCCCCUGUAGCCUGAUGUCUGUAAUUAUCUCAUCUGAUGCUUGGACUGUUCACUGGAGCCCUUUUUGUCCCCGUUUUCGCUGCUCACUGAUUUUUUUCUUUCUCAAGACGCACAGAUUGAAUAUAUUUUGCCAGUCUGAAAGCUCCAAAGUGCUUCAAAUCUGAUUUUUUCACAUCAGGAAGUAGUGCGAAUGACCUUGCAGAGUGGACUUCUAUGGACUUCUCAGUCAAACACAUCAUCAGCAGCUUUUCCAUACAGUAUAUUCAUGGGUAAAUGUCCUCUGUCUAGAUAUUAUUUUGAUAUGAAUAUCAUUCACUUUUUAAUUUCACCACUGUCCUUCCCACUCACUUCCUACCCUCUCAUGGCUUGGAAAACCAAGUUAUGUCCAUGCUAACUAGGGCUGCAACAACUAAUCGAUUAAAUCGAUUAUAAAAAUAGUUGGCGAUUAAUUUAGUCAUCGAUUCGUUGGAUCUAUGCUAUGCGCAUGCGCAGAGGCUCCUUUUUU